GAGGGGGGAGAAGGGAGAGGAGGAGGAGGAAGUUAUAAUUCCUUGCCCAACUCUAACCCCACGCCCAGAGCAAAUAACAGGUAGGCAAGCUUGCAGAGAAUACUCAGAGGGAGUCCUGUGAGCAGCAAACAGGUCCGAGCCUGGAAAGGACGCUGAGAAGUAAAAGAUCAAAGGGCAACGAAGCGGGUUUCAGAUUAAACCGAGAGGCUUAGGGGAAGGGUGUUCGGGUUUCGCCUGUCCCCUUGGGUGCUGUCCUCUACUUGGUGCUGAAAUCUGGGCGCCCUCAUCUCAGUCUGGUCUGCACGAGCUUCCACUCCCGCUCCAGCCUCCACUCCAGCCUCCAUUUCGGCUCCAGCCUCGCACCCAGUUCCGGCUCUCAGUCAGCCUUUGUGCAUCCUCCCUCUCGGUUCCUGCCCUGAGCCAGCUCCUGCUCCGGGAUUCUGUAACCAGACCCUCAAGCCAUGGCUGGUCCCUUCUCUCGUCUGCUGUCUGCCCGCCCGGGGCUCAGGCUCCUGGCUUUGGCUGGAGCCGGGUCUCUAGCCGCUGGGUUUCUGCUCCGCCCGGAACCUGUUCGAGCCGCCAGUGAACGACGGAGGCUAUAUCCCCCGAGUGCUGAGUACCCAGACCUCCGAAAGCACAACAACUGCAUGGCCAGUCACCUGACCCCAGCAGUCUAUGCCCGGCUCUGCGACAAGACCACACCCACUGGUUGGACGCUAGAUCAGUGUAUCCAGACUGGCGUGGACAACCCUGGCCACCCAUUCAUCAAGACUGUGGGCAUGGUAGCUGGUGAUGAGGAGACCUAUGAGGUAUUUGCUGAGCUCUUUGACCCUGUAAUCCAAGAGCGACACAAUGGAUACGACCCCCGGACGAUGAAACAUACCACUGAUCUGGAUGCCAGCAAGAUCCGUUCUGGCUACUUUGAUGAGAGGUAUGUAUUGUCCUCGAGAGUCAGAACUGGCCGAAGUAUCAGGGGACUCAGCCUGCCUCCAGCCUGCACACGGGCAGAACGACGAGAGGUGGAACGUGUCGUGGUAGAAGCACUGAGUGGCUUGAAGGGUGACUUGGCUGGACGGUACUAUCGGCUCAGUGAGAUGACAGACGCUGAGCAGCAGCAGCUAAUUGAUGACCACUUCCUGUUUGAUAAGCCUGUGUCCCCAUUAUUGACUGCAGCAGGAAUGGCUCGAGACUGGCCAGAUGCUCGUGGAAUCUGGCACAACAAUGAGAAGAGCUUCUUGAUCUGGGUGAAUGAGGAGGAUCAUACACGAGUCAUCUCCAUGGAGAAGGGUGGCAACAUGAAGAAAGUGUUCGAAAGAUUCUGCCGAGGCCUGAAAGAGGUGGAGCGGCUGAUCCAGGAGCGUGGCUGGGAGUUCAUGUGGAAUGAGCGUUUGGGAUACAUCUUGACCUGUCCGUCUAACCUGGGCACUGGACUUCGGGCAGGAGUGCACAUCAAACUGCCCCUGCUAAGCAAAGAUAGCCGCUUCCCAAAGAUCUUAGAGAACCUAAGACUCCAAAAACGUGGUACCGGAGGAGUGGACACAGCUGCCACAGGCAGCAUCUUUGAUAUCUCUAACUUGGACCGACUGGGCAAGUCAGAGGUGGAGCUGGUGCAGCUGGUCGUCGAUGGAGUGAACUAUUUGAUUGACUGUGAACGGCGUCUGGAGAGAGGCCAGGAUAUCCGUAUCCCUCCACCUCUCCCCAACAAGCAUUAACUCCCAUCCCCAGCAGGUGACUCAAGACUCCCAGGACCUCUGCCAUUCUAAUGGCAGCCCAAUCUCCUUGCCCUGGCUGCCCCCUUUCCCCCUCACUCCCUCCAUCCUAGUAAAGACUCCUUGCUAUGCUC